AUGAGUGCCAACGUUGCCUCGUCCGUGCCAGUUGUGCAAGGAGUCGAUGUUAGACGAUGUCGACGACUCAACUCGGUUCAGCUUAAGGAAAGCACAGACCCUGUGAUUUAUUGGAUGUCGCGGGAUCAACGUUCAGUUGACAAUUGGGCAUUGAUUUACGCCCAAAAGCUGGCAAUUCGGCAGUCCGCCCCGCUGCAUGUCGUAUUCAGCCUCGUGCCCAAGUUCUUGGAUGCAACUUUGCGUCAGUACGACUUCCUCCUGAAGGGUCUGAGGGAGGUUGCAGUUGACCUCGAGUCCAAGAACAUUCCUUUCCACCUGCAGUUGGGCAAGGCCGGAGACAAAGUUCCAGCCUUGGUGAGUGAGCUCAGCGCACAAAUGGUGGUGUGUGACAUGUCGCCACUUCGGGUUCCCAGCCAAUGGGCACGGGACGUAGCUGAUGCUUGCCAGGCCAAAGAGGUGCCUGUCGUGCAGGUUGAUGCGCAUAAUGUCGUCCCAGUCUGGGCUGCGUCAGACAAGCAAGAAACAGCUGCGCGAACCAUCCGGAAAAAAAUCAUGCAGUCGUUGGGGACGUACUUGACAGACUUCCCCCGCGUGGAGAAACAUCCACACAAGUUGAAGGGCAACUUUCAACCUGUCGAUUGGGUACAGGCCGAGCAGUCUUUGCAGGUCGACGACUCCGUUCGGCCGGUGGCGGCGAUCGUGCCGGGGACCGCCGCCGGCCUUGCAGCGCUGGAGGAUUUCUGCAAGCGUCUCUCUAGGUAUGAUGCGCAUCGGAAUGAUCCAAAUGACAACGCACUUUCUGGAUUGUCGCCCUGGUUACAUUUUGGGCAGAUCUCUGCACAAAGAUGCGCUUUGCGCGUGCGUCUGAUCGGGGAGAUCAAGACAGCCACAUCAAGCGAAAAGAAGAGUUGUGAAGCUUUCAUUGAGGAGAGUGUUGUGAGGCGGGAGCUGUCAGACAAUUUCUGCUUCUACAAUGUCAAUUAUGACAGCUUGGAAGGAGCGGCGGGCUGGGCUCAGCAAACUCUCAAGGACCACUCCAAAGACAAGCGAGAGCACUUGUAUUGCAAGGAGGAGCUAGAGAAUGCGAAGACUCAUGACGAUCUGUGGAAUGCAGCUCAGUUGCAGAUGGUUCGUGAGGGCAAGAUGCACGGCUUCUUGCGAAUGUACUGGGCCAAGAAGAUUCUUGAAUGGUCGCCAUCUCCCAAGGAGGCUCUUGAACGUUGCAUUUGGCUCAAUGAUCGCUACGAACUUGAUGGCCGCGACCCAAAUGGCUACGUGGGCUGCAUGUGGAGUGUUUGUGGCGCUUGGCACCUGGUCGUGAGUUAUGGCGACAAAGAUUUGACGAAGUGGCCAUUGCCUGGAGGUGCACGACAUGGGUUGGAAGGUGUUUGGGAAGAUCCGCUUCAUGAACUAUGCUGGAUGCAAGUGGUGCACUUACAUACCGUGGCCCAGUUUGAAACACAGUGUGGUGGAGAUGGUGCUGUUGCCAUAAUGCUAGCUAGGCAUGCUUUGCUGAAUGCUUUCGAGGAAAUAACAGCAGCUUCUCUCGCACGUGGAGUGGACCUGCCGCAUAUUGUUCUUGCUGUUUGCAUGAACGUUGCAGAGGACCCCGACUUUGCUGAGUUCGCCGGUGAGAAGGAGCACGUCUUGGGCCGCGGCACGAUUCGCGUCCGGACGUAUGAGGAUUUUAUGCAGAAUGCAAUCGGGGGAGUCGUCACCAGAGCUGCCAAGGACCUCGCAACGUGGGCGAUUGAGGUAAGCCCUCACGCGACAUGGCAUGGAUGCCAAGCUGUGGAACUGGGCGCCGGCUGCUGUUUGGUGAGUAGUGUCCUCAUGAAGCUCGGUGCAGCCGUGGUUGCGACAGACUUGCCAGAGCUAUUGCCUCACAUGGAAUACAACUUGAAGCUGAAUGAUGAAGGUGGGUCUGCUCUCGGGAGAUGGGCUGUGGAUUCGCUGAACUGGGACAGCGCAGAGGCUCGCGUCAAGCUCAGAGGAAGACUGGGAAACAAUGGUGCCGAUGCCAUAUUCGCAACGAAUUGUGUUUAUGGUCGGGACACAGUGGACAUGUUCCUUUCCACCAUGUUUGCUCUGUCUGGCCCGCGCACACUGGCAUUGAUGUGCGGUGUGCCCGUGCCGCCAGCAGCACUUGCGCCUGAAGAAGUUAGCAUCUUGGAUGAAUUUCUCGCGGCAUGUCCACGUUUCUUUGACUGUUACUUGCUGAAGGUUCCUGGCGGCAUCGAGAACGCCGGUGUUGCCAGAGUGCAAGACUCUCCGCUGGCUGCUGAGCUCGGCAAGCCCUACGGACUUUCUGCGGCAGCUUUGGCAGACGGAGUUUGGCUCUUCAAGUUGCCAGGGUCGGACUGCCCGUCCUGGGCGAGGCCCGUACUAUGUCUUGGCUCUGGCACCACGCUGCAGGCAAACUUGCGGCUGUUGCAGGGCAUGUGCUGGCAUUCCCACAUUCAGCUCAUGACUGAGGCUACAGCGGAAAGUGAUUUCGGGGCUUCACCCGCGCUAGGGAAAAUGCGAGCAGAUCUUUCGACGCAGAGUGCAACUGCAUUGGCUUGUGCUGGCGAAACCACGAAGCAUCUCUGA